CCAGACAUUCCCCAUUCUCUCCAGCCCUCCGCCUACCAAAGACUGGUCGGGGGUGCCGGUGCCCCAUGACCUCGGGACAGGGACCGUCUACAGGUCGCUGGUGGCUCAGAUGGAGAGGUUUCAGGAGGAACUGAAGAACAUCGCAGAAAAAGGUUUAGUACUGGAACCCAGUCCGAUCCGACCACAGCCCAAGAUCAGGAGGGUGCAGGAGUACACAGCGGAUGUGACUCUGAACGGGAACACCGCUCACCCCAGACUGAUUCUGUCAGAGGACAUGAAGAGCGUGCAUUGUGGAGAUCGCCACCAGUUGCUUCCAAAUAACCCCGAGAGGUUUGACCGAGUGGUGUGUGUGUUGGGGAGAGAGAGCAUCUCCACUGGGAGGCACUACUGGGAGGUGGAGGUGGGGGGGAAGACGGACUGGGACCUGGGCGUCGCCCGACAGUCCAUCAACAGGAAGGGGAAGAUCGAGGUAACCCCAAGCAACGGGUACUGGUUCCUCAGCCUGAGGGAGAGGAACAAGUACACCUUUCGCAGCGAGCCCUCCAUUGACGUGCAGCUGAGCCUCCACCCACAGAAGAUCGGGAUAUUUGUGGACUUUGAGAAAGGACAGGUGUCUUUCUACAACGUUGACGCUAAAAUCCACAUCCACACGUUCCACGACUCGUUCACCGAGUGCAUCUUCCCGUUCUUCAGCCCCUGCACCAACAAAUCUGGGAAGAACGACGGGCCGCUCACUAUCACACCUGUCACAUGACACACACACACACCUGUCACAUGACACACACCUGUCACAUGACACACACACACCGGUCACAUGACACACCUACCUGGAAGUUGUUGUGUUUUUUGUACACACUUAGUUAUCUUGUGAAAAUGAUUCCAGGUCAUGUUUUUCAGUUUGGCUGCUUCAAACUUUCUCCUGAUUGUAAAUAGUUCAUGGCAAUUUGAAUAUUGUGUGCUGAUCAUUAAAACAAUCACAUUCAAUUAACGAACACAUCUGGUUUUAUUCAUGCAGUCACUUUGGUUAUUAUCUAACCAUUGACUUCCACUUACUUGCAGAUAAGCAAUUUGGAGACCUGACCUUUUUGCUCUGAUUACUGACAGUAUUAUUUGGUGUAUGGAAUGUUUGGAUAUGCAAAUGAGGCAUUAUCUAACGCUUACUUUCGGGGAAUUAAGGAGAAACCUAAAGACAGAAAAUAGACUUAGUUUGUAGAAAAUAUGAAAAUAAAUUAGAUGUUUUGAGAAGUCUGAUGUAAGGGAAGCAAAAUAGCCCAAAAGAGAAGAAAAUUGUAUUUAGCCUUUUUUGUUUUGCUUUAAAGGGGCCCUAUUACGCUAUUUGGGGGUUGUCCCUUCCUGUAGUGUGCUUUAUAGGUGUUGGUGCAAAUGGUCCGCAAAGGCUAAUAUCCCUGUAGCCAGCUGACCAAUCAGAGCAGACUGGACUCUGGUUUC